AUGGAUUGGACAGCUCUGGUCGCUGCGAAACAGCAGGAAUGCGCCGCCAAAAUCCCCCCCGCCUGGCGCCUUGAUCCCGCCCUGAUCGCGGCGUUGACUGCCCCCGGGGUGAACCUGCUGGCCGCCGACGUGCCGCGAACGAGCGGGCUGCUGUCCUCCUUGGAAUUGGAGAUCACUGAGCAGUACAGCGCGCAGGAACUGCUGCAGAAAUUGGCUGGGGGGGUUUUUACCUCUAAAGAUGUCACCCUGGCCUACUGCAAGCGGGCAGCCAUUGCCCAACAAUUAACCUCCUGUUUGACAGAAACAAUGUUUGAAGCGGCCCAACAACGCGCCCAGGAACUGGACGACCAUCUCGCCCGCACAGGGAAACCAGUUGGCCCCCUGCACGGACUGCCCGUGAGCGUCAAGGACAGUUUCCUGGUCGCCGGCGUGCAGGCGACGGUCGGGUAUGUCGAGUUCCUGAAGCGCCCGCCUGAGACGACCAACUCGCCGCUGAUCGAGCUUUUGCUCUCGCUGGGGGCGGUGAUUUAUGUCAAGACCAACAUUCCCCAAACGAUGAUGACAGGCGACUCGCAUAAUAACAUCUUCGGCCGCACGCUGAACCCCCAUAACACCUCCCUGACGGCCGGCGGCUCCAGCGGCGGCGAGGGCAGCCUGGUCGCCUUCCGGGGCUCCCCCCUGGGCGUGGGCACCGACGUGGCGGGCUCGAUCCGCAUCCCGGCCCUGUGCUGCGGCGUGUACGGCUUCAAGCCCACCGUGGACCGGGUGCCGUACGGCGGGCAGGUCUCCGAGGGGCCCGAGGGGAUGCCCGGGCUGAAGCCUGCCGCGGGGCCUUUGGCUUCCUCAUUUGAGGAUCUGGAGGUGUUCAUGUCUUCCGUGAUCAACGCUGAGCCAUGGCGGUUUGAUGUUUCUGCUAUGGGGGGGAGUUGGUCAGAGGCGCCAUCUACUUCUACUACUACGCUCACUAUUGGCAUCCCUGCUCCUGAUGAAGAUUUCCCUCUUCACCCCCCCGUCCGAAGGAGUCUAGAUGAAGCCAUCGCCAAACUGGAAGCAGCAGGCCACAAAAUCGUUCAUUUGCCCUCUCCUCCUCCGGAAUCGUCCAUCGCCCACGCCAACCGUCUGGCCUUUGAAUACUUCAUCUACGCCCCCGCGCCAGACCACAUCACUCCCAGCGGCGAGCCUCCUGUCCCCUCCGUUGCAGCGAAAUCCUCGCCCAUGUUCACCGGCCCGCUGCCGGUCCCGCUGGAGGGAGAACCAGAUCUGUCCGAGACUAUCACCAAGCUGUAUGCUCUCCGACAGGCCUAUGCGGAAUUCUGGCGCAAGAUUUGGGUGGAAUAUUCCCUUGAUAUUGUUCUCGCUCCGGGAGCGCAGUCAACGGCUGUUGAACAUGACACUUAUGGAUGGCCGCCUUAUACUCUUGUGUGGAACUUGCUUGACUACCCCGCAUGUCUUAUUCCCUUCGGCAAAUCGUCAAAGGAACUCGAUCCAGAGCCAUUCACACUGACAGACGGUGUCCAGCCGAGCUAUAACCCCGAGCUGGUCGAUGGCGCUCCGUGUGCCGUACAGGUCAUUGCGCCCAGAUUCCAGGACGAGCGGUGUUUGCAGGCUGCAAAGAUUGUCGAUGGUGUAUUGAGUUUGUAA